AAUGGAGUUUGAUGGGAGGAGUCUAAACCAGGGUACCGCUCCUUCAGCAUCAUUCAGCAUCUUUCCUGAGGAACAUCUCAAGGAGCUCCUGGUUUGCAAUGAAUGGAACCAAGUACCUGUAUGCUACCUGAAACAGGACAAAGUUAAGUUUACCAUAAGCGGCAUUUCCCUUAUACAACCCUACGGAUUAUGAAUCUGAAUGAAUUGUUGGAGACACUUUAGGACUCGACAAGAACUAUAUCAUUUUGAGAGAAUAGUGUCAGUAACAUUUUGGCUUUCUUGGCUGAACUCUGCCUUUCUGAGGAUGCCGGUUUCGAAAACUGAAGAAUCAAAAAAUGCUGGACAACCCUGUGGCCUGCCGAAGCUCCCUGUUCCCCCACUGAAGGAAACACUGGAAAUGUAUCUAAAGUGCAUGAGUCACCUCAUACCAGAGCACCAGUUCAAAAACACAAAGAGUAUUGUGGAGAAAUUUGGAGCACCUGGUGGAGUGGGAGAAUUGCUUCAGAAGAAGCUACUAGAGAGAUACAAUAAGAAAGACAAUUGGGUGUAUGACUACUGGCUUGAAGAUAUGUAUUUGAAUAACAGGGUAGCACUACCUGUCAACUCCAGUCCUGUUAUGGUCUUUCCAGAGCAAAACUUCAGAGGACAAAAUGAUGUCCUCAGCUAUGCUGCCCAUCUCAUUUCUGGUGUAUUACAGUAUAAAUCUCUCAUUGAUAGUAAUAACCUCCCUGUAGAAGAGGGUCGUGGGCAGCAGGCUGGAAAUCCUAUGUGUAUGGAUCAGUACAACAAGGUCUUCACAUCAUACCGCCUGCCAGGGCCCAAAACUGACAGUCUAGUGGUUCACAGGAGUACUAAAAGGCCUGACCCAGAACAGAUCAUAGUGGCUUGCAAGAAUCAGUUUUUUGCUUUGGAUGUGGGGAUAAACUUCUGCCAACUGAGUGAAAAAGACCUCUACACUCAGCUGGAGCGUAUCAGAAAGAUGGCGGACAGUGAGGAGGAGCGCCAACCUGCUAUUGGUCUGCUUACAUCAGACGGCCGAACGCAAUGGGCCAAGGCUCGCAGUGUACUGAUGCAAGAUUCCACCAACAGGGACUCUCUACACAUGAUUGAACGCUGUCUGUGCCUGGUGUGUUUGGAUGACCCGUCCGGCAUUGAAUUGACCGACAGCAACCGCGCCUCACUGAUGCUUCACGGAGGGGGCAAGGAUAAGAAUGGGGGAAACCGCUGGUACGACAAGCCCAUGCAGUUUGUAAUAGGUGCAGAUGGAUGCUGUGGCGUCGUCUGCGAACACUCGCCUUUCGAGGGAAUAGUGCUUGUGAAAUGUACAGAAUAUCUACUGAGCUACGUAAAACCCAGCUCAUCUAAGCUGUUGAGGGCAGCCAGCGUAAGUGAGCUCCCUGUUCCUAAACGUCUGCACUGGAAAUGUUCACCAGAAAUCCAAGCCUUACUCACUGACGCAGCAGAUAAUUUACAGAGACUUGUCCAGAAUUUGGACAUGAAUGUCUACCAAUUCAACAGUUAUGGCAAAGACUUCAUCAAGAAACAGAAAAUGAGCCCUGAUGCUUUUGUUCAAGUUGCCCUGCAGUUAACAUAUUACAGACGUCAUGGACGUCUAGUGCCCACCUAUGAGAGUGCAUCAAUACGUCGCUUUCAAGAGGGACGGGUUGAUAACAUCCGCUCUGCCACACCUGAGGCCCUAGCCUUUGUUAAAGCUAUGAGCAAUAGCGCCAACUCCACUGAUGCUGAGAAAAUGGAAAAGUUUAGAACUGCAAUCGAAGCCCAGAUCAGUUACACACGUCUGGCAGUGGCAGGCAAUGCAAUAGACAAUCACUUACUGGGGCUACGAGAGGUUGCCAAGGAGCUGAAAAUUGAGACGCCAGAGCUGUUUACUGAUCCAACCUAUCUCACCAGCAUCCAGUUCAUGCUCUCCACAAGCCAGGUCCCAACCACUGAGAAGAUGUUCUGCUGCUAUGGUCCAGUUGUCCCUAAUGGCUAUGGCGCCUGCUACAAUCCUCAGGCAGACCACAUCAUCUUCUGCGUGUCAAGCUUUCAUGACUCCGCAGAGACCAACUCAGAUUUGUUUGUGAAGACUCUUGAUGGGUGCCUGAUGGAAAUGCAAGAUCUAUGCAGAAAAUGCAACAUUCAAGCUACACCAGAAAAGAAGGCGGGAACUCCCAAGCUCAUGAAGAAUGGUAGAAAGUCAUAGCAAGAAGUAAGAACGACACUGGAUCAUCCUGAAUCGUUUAUAAAAUUGUAAAGAUGGCAGUAGUAUACAGUGGUGGAUUGGGAUUUUAGGAGUUAAACAAUCUAUGGGCUUGAUAAAGGAUUGUAAGGCUUACUACUCAUAUAAACAUAUGCAUAUUUUGGGUUUUAAAGAAUACAGGACAUGUUGAGAAAAUGACUGUACAUUUAAACUAUGUCUAGAUGUAUGUGUACAGAACAACCCAGAUAACAUAGACCAAUUACAGAUGCUACAGAAACAAUGAGAUCGUACGAAACAAGUAAAAUUAUAGUACAGUUUAUUAUAGCUAAUAAGUCCAAAGACUGCAACUGUGCAAUAUAGCAGAACAAUAUAUAUGAUAGUUAUAAAAACUAUAUUAUUUAUUAAUAAUAGUAUGCUACUUAUUCCUUAAAAUGCAGUUUAAAGAAAAAAACAGACAAUAUUUUUGCUUAAUAUGAUUAGACUACAAUUAACGAACUAAACAAAAAUAAAUAGUAUAUAAAAAAGGAAACGUUUAUUAAAAUAUUUGGAUUAAGAGGAAUUUAUCUAAAUCUGGGGUGGGGUGAUGUGCUCAGGGUUUCUCAGUUCUGAAUAUAAGAGUAUAUUAUACUGUAGCUGACAGUGUCACAAUAUAAGCUGCUACAGAACUGAAGCAAAAGCUGCUGUUUAACUUUGUUUCUGUGAGUAUAAACAUGUGUUUAAUGUACUAAAUUUUAAUAAUGUAUUUAUUCAGAAGAAAUUGGCAAAGUGUGUAUUUUGAGUCUCCAGUAUACAAACAAUAAGUCUGUAUCAGUCUAAAAUAAUUUUAAUUGUAUGGUAGUUAUUGUAUAUAUAUAUAUAUGUGUGUGUGUAAUGAGUGUUAUUAAUUUAAUUCUUAGUGGGUCAUAUUCUUACAAGCUAAAGCUGAGCUCUUAAAAAUACUAUAAGCUAGUGAAAGCAUUAGGCAGCAUAAAUAUUUAAGGAAUAUGGUCCACUGUGAAUCAGUAAUGCAUGAACAUGUAUGUAUGUAUGUAAUUUUGUGCAAUUGUCUACUUCCAGUGCAAUAAUAUUAGCAGGGAUUUAAAUUUCCAGUGCAAUAGUAACUUUAAGAUAAGAUAAAUAGUUUCAUUUAAGCAGGAGUUACAAAGGGAUUAGCCUUAUUUUAAAAAAAGGUCCAGUCAACAUUGUGACAAUAUGCUUGAAUAUUUCUGAAAGGUGUUACAAAAGUAUACAAUGAUGUGUUCAAAUGUAACAAAAAAGGCCUAUUGUGUAUAUAUAGGUAAAGAAUAGGUUUAUAAAUUGUGAAAAAUGCAGUGAAUACUUUUUUAAGUGUGUGCCAUUUCAAUAUUCUAUAUAGGACAGUUAAGGUAGAAAUUAUAAAUUCGAAAAUAUAAAAAAGUUAUCUCUUAAGCCAUUGAAAAUCGAUUUUAGCACUUAGCACAACUAAUUCUGAUUAUACUACAGUACAAGCUUAAGCCAGCCAAUUAUGUUACACUAGAUUGUAAAGAAAAUAUUACUUAUACAUAUGCAGAGAAAUAAUAGCCUUACAGUAGCUCAAGUAUAUUAACAUGAGUCCUUACUGUGGCCUUGAAAUGGCAUAAAAUGUGUAUGGGCAAUAUUUAAAAGAAACUACAUGUGAAAUCUAAAACAGAAUGUAUUAUGUUAAACUGAUGGUGAAGUGUGAAACUGUGAUGUUCUUUCAAAUAUUUAUUUUUCUAAGUUUUUGUUUUCAAAAGAUAGAUGGUCUAUUUAAUAAAAUCGCUGUAUUGUAACAAUGCCAUAAAAUUACUAAACAAA